CUCAACCGAAGUCAAACGAUUGGAACUGUCGUCUGUCAGCCCAGAGAUGCGCUAACUGCCGAACUUGCCUCUCUUCACGAAGAAAAAUCUGCUAUUUACAAGUGAGUGACAUCGCCCCGACACGAUGAAAGAAACUGCAAGACGAACAGAGGCAUGGGGUUUGGCGUGGAUUGUGACUUUGCUUUGGCUGGUGGUGAACGCUGAUGAGGACGUCACGAAAAGGGCCUACAUGGACAAUUCCAUAGACUCGUACUUCAGCGAGAGAACCUGCUGGUGGAAUGAAGUUUGCAAGCGGGAGUUCCAGGUUCGAUUCCGCUGUCGUUGUCCAAGAUGGUCAUUUUGCAGAUCACCGGGAAGAUAUUACGACGCCCAUUGCUCCAUCACCAGAACCGGUUACAUCUGGUUGCAAAACGAACCGGAUCCAGAUGACUGAACCAGUCUUCCUGUCAAUGAUUAUUUAGAUAUACCUUGUAAUUAAUAAAAUCAGACGAUCUUUUUUGAUUCAAAAGCCAGUUAAAAGUUUUAAUGGUAGAUACAAAAAAACUAAGCACAUUUUAUUUUGUUUUGUCCGAUCUCAUAAAAGAGCAUCCUCUUUGUGCUUGUGAAUUGUGCUGUAAAUA